GAAGAUCACACCACCCUUGAAACCGCGCCUUUGUCAAAAAGAAGCGCUGCUGGAACCUCUUCUUCGAAACCCAACAUCCUCUGUGACUACACUACCUACUAGCUAGAUACAACUACCUUCUCGAAAACAAACUCGUCCGAAGAAAACACCAAACUCACACAGAAACAAUCACAAUGGCCUCCGUCGCCCAACGGCAAGCGCAGCCUGCGCAACCAUCCACCAGCCAAACCGCUGCCCCAACCCAAACCCGAACCGAGACCUCCGCCCCGGCCAUCUUGCGACUACGCGGUGCACACUCGAACGGGCGAUCAGUACAAUGGCGUAGCGAUGUCGUUGACAACGAAGGUCUCGGCAGGAAGAAGUCCAAAGUCUGCUGUAUCUACCACAGACCAAAAGGCGUAGACGAGUCCAGCGACGAUUCCUCUUCCUCUUCCGACUCCUCAUCCUCUGACUCCGAUUCCGACUCGGACUCGGAACCUGAUCAAGAUAAACGAAUUAGAUCCGGCGGCGGCGGUGGUGGUAGGGGCCACCACGGGCAUUCCCACAAUCAUGAUCACGAUCACGGAGAUGGUAACGGUUGUAAUCACGACCAUGGUGGUGGGCGCGAGAGGAAACAUGGCGGCGAUAAAGGGAAAAAGAGGGAGAGGAGACCGAGCCCGAAUGCGUAUGAGAAGAUGCCCAAGUAUAAGCCGAAGGAUGGAGGGGCUGGGCCUUCGAAUCCACCACCUCAGGGACCGGCGGGGAGUAAAUAAAUGAGAGACUACCCAGGGACGUGCGGUUUGACGUCGGAUACCUUUUAGGAUUUGAUGCGGGGAAAAUGAUACACAAUACGGAAUAUUGUUUAUAGGCGGAUACUUAGAUACCACGGGAAGGACGGAGAAUGUUAUCACGGCGGCUGGGUUGCCUCGAUUUUGGUUUUUGAAGCCGCAAAGACAAUGGAUAUGUACUGCUUCUUGUUAGAAAUUACCCCUUCGCUGCGCGUUUUGGCUGAAGACAUUGAACUUCGCGAU